AAAGACGGCACGCUUAUCUCUUGCUCUCUCACACUCCCUUCCUUUCUGUACAGUGCAUGUAGACAAAAAGUAACCGGUGACGAGGGUCAAAUGCGCGGGAGUGAAUUAACGUUAGUGCAGAUUAUUUUCUCGCCUCCUUUUCUUCUCGGAGAAGCCAAAGGAAAGCUCAAGUAAAUUGUGCGAAGGACGAAAUAGCACGGCUAUUGGGUUUCCAUCAAGUAUUUCGAAGUUUCGAAGCCAAUGUUUUGGAACCAAACACUCAAGCAGGACAUUCGUUAACCUAUAUUGCAGAAGGAAAAUCCUAAAAAAUCUCAGCACAAAAUGUUAGCAGUAGCUGCUUUUUUACUUGAUGACGAUGAGGAAGAUGUUGAGAUGGAAUUUCAAAGGAUGCACAUGGCCUGGAAACGCACUGUACGAUACAUGAGCGAUCCAUUUACAAUGGGAGAUAAUGUUUUUAGGAAACAUUAUAGAAUGAUUCCUGCAAUUGCCAUACACCUGAUCGAGUUGCUUAGACCACAGCUGGUUGAACAUGAGCAAGGAAUUCCGGUACACCUGCAAGUAUUAUCAGUCUUACGCUUCCUUGCUGAAGGAUCUUAUCAAAAGGGUGUGGCGCACGACUGCUACCACCCCAUGGGCCAGAACACCUAUAGCAAAUAUCUACAUGAAGUGGUUCCAGCAAUAGUACGCCUAGCAGAUGAAUACAUUGUCUUUCCCAGAAAUAUGGAGGAACGCCAAGAAAUGUCAAGAAGAUUUGAAGAGUCGCUUGGCUUCCCAGGGGUUAUUGGUGCUAUCGACUGUACUCUUCCAAAAAUUCACACACCACAUGAGCACGAGGAGGCCUAUGUGAAUCACAACCAGGACCAUUAAAUUAAAUGUACAAGUGGUUUUAGAUAUGGAUUAUAAUAUAUUGAAUAUCCGAAUUACCAAUGGGUCCAGUAAUGAUAAAUUUGUAUGGCGUCAUAGCCAAAUGAGGGAGACAAUAUACCAGCUACGAAAUAAUCCUGAUCCUGCAGAGAUGAACAACGAAUACUACUUGAUCGGAGAUGGAGGCUACACUCCAUCACCAGUGCUGCUGACACCUUGUCAAGAAGCUGCUCCAGGUUCUCCAGAGUUUCGCUAUUCAGACAGAGUACGAAGAACCAGAUGUAGGGUUGAACAGACCUUUGGCAUUUGGAAACAAGUAUUCAGAUGCAUCAAUGGAGAUCGUAGUCUCCAUUAUAUACCAGAAUUUUCUUCUCAAAUAGUAUUGGCUACUGCUGUCUUAUACAACUACUUAAGACACCAAGGGAUGCCUAUGCCAGUGCCUUUAAGAAAUCAUCGAGUGAGAGCCAUUCCAAUGGUGGACUUUGUUGACGAUGACUAUAUCCAAGGACUACAAGUACGCAGGAAUUUCAUCCUCAAUCAUUUUGCUUAGGUUUGAGUUGAAUGAUAAUAAUUCUAAUAUUUUAAAUUAUAUAUGUUCACAAGUUUGUUUAGUUUCACUUAGUAGUCUCUCUAGUUUCACCACUCUUAAGUGUUCAAUUAUUAAUAAUUUAUUUAUAAUUAUGUAGAUCUCAUCAGAAUUGUAAUUAUGUAGAUCUCAUGAUCAGUUUGUGCCAUAAGAUGUUUAAUAAAUCUUAAUAUGUAAUA